AUGAACCCCAGCACAGCACCACACGCACCAGACCCCGACAAUAAGCACCCCACAGCACCACACCAUACACGUACCCAGCCCCGACCCAGCACCCCACCGACCAGACCCACGACCACUCACCCCCAAGACCAACACACCAGACCAGCCGACCCGACACGACCAGCGACCCCACAGCUGACCAGGACCCCCACACUACCCCUAAGCCCACCCUACCACACAACACACCUACAUCACCACAGACCCCACAACGACAACCCCAUCUACCCAACACAACCUCCCCCACACACCAUCGACCCAACCGACACACACCCCACAACCUACCACGACCAUGACACUACCCCUACAUUACCAUCACCCAACACCACUACCCACAGUCUACCAGAACCCCUACACACCAUGACCCCACACAACAGCACCCCAGCUACCAGACCCCAUCACCAUAACCCACACUACACGACCCUACACACCAUACCCACAACCACUGACCCGACAGCACCACCCCACAACCACACACGACACGACCACGACCACUACACACCUCACCUCGACCAUCGACCCAUCACCACUACCCCACUAGACCCGACCACCCUAGACACCCCUACAUCACCAGACCCACAUCGACCAGCACCCCUACAUAACCCUACCACCAUCACCAGACCCCUACACCCACACCUCUACAUACCACCCCCACACACCCGACAUCGACCACGACACACCACACCUACCCUACAUCUACCAUCUACCCCGACAUCCACUACCCGACCCCUACCCUAA